AUGGCCACUUCUCGGCCAUCAUCGUUGAUUAUUCCAUCGGAAGUUGUCGAUGUGACAAAUUCGUCAACUGGAUUAGCGAAAACUUCGACGGCGAAGCCCGAACGUUCGUCAUCCUCGUCUGUAGAUAGUAGUAGUGCUAUAAAUAACAAUACAAGUGACAAUAUUUCCUCAUCCCAAAACUUUGUACGUACAACAACUUCAUCUACAACAACUGAGAGUGAUCUCGAAAGUGAACACGGCGACCAGAAUCGAUCGCGCGAACAGAAGAGCGAUUCGAAUAGUCAAGAACAAUUAUCUCGACGUAUGAAACACUUUCAAAAACUGUUUAAAUCGGAAAUACAAGGUGAAAUGCCUGAACUAAUUGAUUCCUAUGUAUGUGCCUAUCAAGGUGAUAUUUUAUUACAAGGAAAGAUGUACAUAACCGAUCGUUAUCUUUGUUUUCAUUCUCGAAUUAUAUCUUACGUAACAAAACAUGUUUAUCGAUGGGAACAAAUUCAACGCGUCACCAGAGAACGUGUUGCUUUCAUAUUUCCAACUGCGAUCGGUAUUCAACUAAAGCAUAGUGAGAAAAAAAUCAUCUACGCUUCGUUUCUUCAACGCGAUCAAGCCUUUGACAAGAUUGAAUCCAUUCGCCUACAAGCUACGAAUGAUAUGAGUUCAUACGAUGACGAUGAUAGUGACAUAAUGAAUGAUGGAACAUUAAAGCCAACAAACCACAAUAGACAAGGCAAGUCGUACAAACGCGAUUCGUAUGAUAUUGUCGAUGGACCGGAAGAAAACGGUGUCUUAGGUAUGUGUUUAAAAAAUACGAACAAACGGCCUACGAGUAUAAUAUCGACUAAAAGCAGCAAUGAUAAACAACAAUCAAAAACCUUAAUUAAUUCGUACAGUAAAAAGUCAUCUGAUAGAAGUACGCUGACGAACCAGACGGUAUCGAACGAUUCAAAUGAAAGCAAUUUGUAUAGCAAUCAAACUAGUCGAAGUUCACGUUAUACAAAGCAUGAAAAAAAGCAGCCGAAUAAUGAAAAACGAAAUAACUCCUUAGUCAACCAUCACCAAUCAACAUCAAAUUCGGUGAAAUAUCGUCAGAGUCAAAAUCAAAGUCAAGAGCGAGCGUCAGUCUCACAUAACCAACCGACACAUUCACCAUCUGCUCCUCCUUCCGAAUUAACUCGAAAUCUCUCCGUGACUGAUUCAAACUCACGUGGACUGUUAACUAAAUUCUUAAAUCUAUUCGUUUCAUCGAUGAACAUUUUACUUCAAAUCAUUCCAUCAUCGAUCCAACAUGCACGAACAUUACCAUUGAAGACUACCGUUUGCAUAGUCUUAUUCCUAAUUCUUCUAUUUUUUCAUGCAUUUUAUCUGAUGAAAGUAGCCAAUCGAAUCGAGAAUCGAUUGCAUUCCUUGCAUAAUCUAUGGCCAUCUUCAUCCAAUUGA